UGAGUGACAGCACAACUGUGUGGACCUGCCUUCAUCCAACACAGAAUUCCUCUUCACAGCGAAGCUCUUUCCCCUCUAUUUUAACUUCCUUUACUGCUGCACCCCCAUCGUCAGCAUCCAGUUCAGGGUGUGGGAGGGGAUCUGCAUGUAUUCGGGGAGAAGCUCAACUCAGGUGGGCAACGUGAAGUAUCUUACAAUAUAGCUGCAGUAUUAUUUCUUUUUUCUGAGGGGGCCCUUUUAAAAUAUGAAACGUUUGUACUGAGGGCCCCCCCAGGCCAACAAAUUAACCCAAGACCGAAGCACAGAUCCCAGCAUGGUGGCCGAGGAGGUUAUCAUCACCCUCUCCGGAGGAGCACCGUGGGGCUUCAGACUACAGGGAGGAUUCGAACACCACAAGCCACUGCAGGUUGCCAAGGUACGUAAGCGAAGUAAAGCAUGUAGAGCUGGAUUGCGUGAGGGAGAUGAACUGGUCUCCAUCAAUGAGAAUUCCUGUGGGAGUUUGUCGCAUGCCCAGGCCAUGAACCUAAUCGACAGCAUGCCAGGAACACUACACAUCCGGGUUAAAAGGGCACCGGAUGGCUUUCAGUCAGUGGUUCUGGUUGCUCGAGCUCCCUCUCCCCGCAUUGAUAAAGAGUACCGUGCUGCCCUUAGGGCCUUGUCCCCAUCCAAACCUCACCAGACCAGCGUACGACAAAUCCACCACACGUCUCUGACGUCCCCGGGUGGACGCAGCGGAUUGACCUCUCCCCCAGGAAGCGAAGCCUACUACGGUGAAACAGACAGCGAUGCAGAUGUGGCUGCCAACGAGAGACAACGCAAGCCAAAACGACGCAGUCCCAGCAAUUUGCCCGGCAAGGCUGGUCGAUCCUCGCCUGAAGGAGCGGAGACUUCUGAGAUGAGCGGGUAUGACAGUGCUUCGGAUGCCCAAGUGUACCAUCCUUCAGGGCCAAAUGAGAAGGGAGACCCAUUGCCCGGCGUAGCCCGAAAAGAGGUGAUCUACCAGCCUGCUUUCACCGGAGUCUGGUCCACACAGACCUCCACUGAGACCUCAUCAAUGAGUGCGGAUGACCAGAACCCUCAAGAAGGUCUAAUGGAGGAGGACAGUGGGUUUCAAGAGAUCACAAAUGUUCCACUCGUGUCUCCAGAGAGAGCCAAAGAAGCCCGGAUGCUGAGCUCUUGUGCUCAGUUUGUGCCCAUGGUUGGGCCAGUUGACAAUCCAGUGGAUGAAGAACUCACCUUAACAUACAUGGAUAAAGCUAAACAAGCCAAAUUGAACCGUGGAGACACAUUAAUGGAUAAGCAGGUGAAAGAGGCUCGGUCCAAAUGCCGCACCAUUGCCUCGCUACUGACAGAUGCACCGAAUCCUCAUUCAAAGGGUGUCUUGAUGUUCAAAAAGCGUCGCCAGCGCUCUAAGAAAUACACACUGACCAGCUUUGGAAGUGUUGAAGAGAACAUUCAGCAGGACUCUCAAGAAGAGGAUGGCAUGUUUCCUGGUAGUGAAUCAGAAUUUGACGAGGAAGGCUUUUCUGCUGCGCCUGAUCCCACAUGGGACAGUGACUACCUGGAGAUGUUGGAAAAAAGAUCGGCAUCCCGAGGUAUGGAAGGAGAAAGUGGGGGUGCUCUCAGUCCAGGUCUGAGUGAUACCUCGGGUAAAGGAGCACAGCUGUUUGAGCAGCAAAGAAGACGGGCAGUGGAACAUGCAAAGAAAAUGGAAGCUGUCCAGGAACACCUACAAAGCCAAAUGCAAGCACUUCCUGAAGUAAAGACAACCCCAAUCCAACCCCAUCCAGACCCCGUCACAAAGCCAAGUCUUCAGCCACCACCAGUUCCUCUAAAACCUGCCAGACAUUCAAAAACACUACAUCCCGAGUUUUCACCAGCAGAAACUGCAAUAAACCAAGAGACACAUCAAGCCACCACCAAUGUCUUUGCUAAUAUUAAUGAUAAUACUUCACAAACUAUAACGCCAGCUCCUUCUGUGUUGCAUGUUACUAAUUUCUCAGUAACUUCUCCAGAAGCAGUGAUGCCUCCACCUCCUGCUCCUCUACCAGAACUUCCUGCCAGUUCCGUUUUAAACAGAACUGCCAGACCUUUUGCCCCAGGCUGCAUUACCCAUCGGGCAGCUACUGCUCCUGUUGUUUUCCGCCCUACAGUCAGUAAGAAGACACCGAGACCUGUUUCAGUGGCUGUGGUGGCAUCUCCAUUCUCAACAACAUCAGAGGAGUCGACCAUGGGUGUCACCUCUGCUGCUACCCACCUCACAGUGAGUCAAAGGAGUCCCAAUGUACCUCUUGAAAUACCCACACAGCCCUUUGUACCUGACAAGCCUAUACCCCCUCCAACUCUAUAUGUGGAGUCAUAUUCCCAACCUCCGCCACACUUCUCCUCAGUGGAAAACAUCCAGGUUGCAUCAGUGCCACCUCCAAAAGUUCCCACUGAACCCACAUAUUCUGUAGACACACAAACAGUUUCAUCUGGUCACGAGGAAGCCACUGUGGCUCCUGUCAACUCUCAGGCCAGAGUCAUACCAUCCCAGACCUCGUCUACUGUAAUUCAUUCAGAUCAUGUGACUCCUUCCAAUGCUGUAAAACCACUGUCACCUGUUGGUUACCGUGACAAAACAUUAGGCACUGGUCCCCGUACUGGUAUUCUCAUAGAAGCCCGACGUCGUAGCUCAAACAAGCCCAUGUUUAAGAUGCCUGAAAACAAGGAGAAAGGGCCAAAUCCAGAGUUGUUGUCUCUGGUGCAGAACCUAGAUGAAGGACCUAGACAUGGGUAUUAUGAACCUGAAAAUGUUCCCCAAAACAUAGAUGAGAACAGGACAAGGGUUCCACCGCCUGUGGCCCCCAAGCCACGGAUCAUCCCAGAUAUGUCACAGAUUCCCCAGGCUGAAGGAAAAGGUGCAGAACUCUUUGCUCGUAGACAGAUUCACAAGGAUUUGUUUGUUGUAGACACUCCACCUCUACAGCAACCUCUACAACAACCUCUACAGCAUCAACAGUUUAAUUCGGUCACAAAUCUGAUCCAACCACACGAUCCUUCUUCAGCCUCAUCCCAAUGGAAGUAUUCCCCCAACAUUCGAGCUCCUCCACCCAUUGGUUACAAUCCCCUGCUCUCUCCCUCAUGUCCCGUUGGGGUUCAGCGUGGAGGGACCAAGGUGUCUGGGGAAAGCUCCAAAGUAAGUAAGGUUAAAUAUGGGACCCGGAAAGAGGGUAUCCAGGCUAUAGACUUCAUGAGAAGGCAGCCCUACCAACUUAACUCAGCAAUGUUUAGUUCUGGGACAGGAAUCACCGCACAAUCUUCAACCCAGAAGCAACAGAGAGAAGGACAUACUCUGACACAACCCAGGCAAAUCCCGGUGAAGACGACACGUGUGUACGAAAUCAAACGCUUUUCAACUCCCACCCCAAUGUCAGCACCAACUCUUUGCCCCACAGUGAUUGUACCACGCUCACAAACCACACUUGGUGAACGUCUGUCUCAUUCUGACAUGUCAUCCCCACCCCCACUCUUUUUACCUGAACCUACUUCAGCACCUUCACGCGCCACUGGCCUUCCAGAACUUCCGAAAUUUUCAGCUGCACCAGUCUCUCACCCUGUACCAUACUUACCCACAGCUCCCGUGUCAAGUAUGUCAAGCCUGAACUAUCCCGGGCUCCAAGCUGCCAAGCAGUUUAAGAGCGCUCCUGAAUUAAGUUUCCUGCGGGCAAACCCCUUAAAGUCUCCAGUCCAAGCUCCUAAACCUCGAUUUAUUGCAGCACGAGCGGGUAUUCAGCCUCACAUCUGGAGGCCUGGCACCCUACCUCACUGACAAGAUUAAGAUUAUUUUAUCCCCAAAAUUCAUACUAUUUCAAAUUUGAUCAAGAUGUCAAUAUCUUUUUAAUUUCACUUAAAGGAUUACUCUACCCCCAAAAUGAAAAUGUACUUAUUAUUUACUCCCCUUGUUUUUGUCUCUCCUGGAUCUUCCUUGCUUUGUAUUGGCAUUGAUGGGUAUCAAUGUUUUGAAGUUCCAAAAGUGCAUCAAUUCAUCGUUAAUGUAAUGUAAUAAAGUGAAAUAAUAGGUCUGUGAGGAAAAAAAUAUUCUGAGCUUUUAAUAAGGGUAUAUUCACACGGGGUGUAAGCAUUGACGCUUCCCGUUCACUUUUAAUGGGCAACGUCAUGCGUUGCCGAACUGAAUUGUGGAUCCGUCAGCACUGCGUUACUGCCGUUGCUCAUGGCAGAAGUUGAACAUUUUUCAACUUUUCAAGCAGCAACGCAUGCGUCAGCCAAUCAGAUCACCUUAUGCAAAUAACCGUGGGGCUGAGCUCACCAAUUACGUUUAUGAAAGACCGGAGCAUGUGCACUUUGAUUGGCUGUUGGCCCACGCUUCAGACAAGCCUUCCAUCAAGCGUUAAUGCUUCUGUCCUGUGUGAAUGUACCCUUACAACACAUAUGUCAUGUCAACAGACAUUAACAACUCAAAAUUAAAAAAUGGCAGCAUGUGAAAUUGCAUUGGUUCUUGCGUGUCUCAGAACUAGUCAUGACAAAACAUAGUUAUGAGACAGGCGAGAACCAAUGUGAUUUCACUUGCUAACCUAUUUAAAUCUAGAGUAUUUGUAGCAAGGAAGAGCCACAAUAUUAUUUAAUAUAAUUUUGAUUGUGUUCAGCUGAAUUAAAGAAAGACAUAAACAUCUUCGAUGACAUGGAAGUGAGUAAAUAAUUUGUAUAUUUCGAGUUAUCCUUUAAAGAUACAUGGGCAAUAUAUUUUUAUUUCACUUGGAAAAGCAGUCUAGUAUAAAAUUGUUGGUCCCGUAGUGAUAAAAAAGCUUUCUUUUUUUUGGUGAUAUAAAAAAAUAUAUAAUUGUAACAUAAGCAUAUUGAUUUUUUUUGCUUGUUGGUUUAGAUCAGUUUAGAACAGCUGGUUUUGCAUUUUAUUUCAGUUUAUUAUUCACAUUAAAAAUUUUGUUACCAUGACCCUAUCAGAGCAGUAACCUACUAGUUGAAUUGUUAAAGCACUGGUUUAGAUUGUUUUGUUUUGUUUUGAAAGUGUUUGAGUGACAUUUAUUCAGGAAAUUUUAACUUCCGUCUGGGUUAAAUACAACAUGUAACCUACACUCUAAAAAUGCUGGGUUAUUUUCAACUCAGCGUUGGGUCACAAAGGGAGAAGCCCAGCCCAUUGGGUUGUAAUUAAACAUAUACUGGAUUGUUUCAGUCCAUUUUCUGGGUUAAUUUGAUCCAACGACUAGGCUCGUCCUAUUCUGACCCAACACUAGGUUGAAAAGAACAAUAGGGUAAUAUUGUGUAUAAAACUGUUGGCAGUCAAUGGAUAAAGAGAUCAUGCUAUAGUUUAUUUUGUCACUGGCUGAUGAACAACUAAUGUUUCCUUUUGAAAAGGAUGAGGUCACAUGUAGAAAACAACAUUCUGACAUUCUAAAAGCCAUUGCACAACAUUGUGUGGCACUGGUUUGGAAUGACAGAGACCUAUGACUGGACUGACAAGUUGAACAUUUUAAAGGGAUAGUUCACCCAAAAUUGAAAACUCUGUCAUCAUUUACUUCUGUCAUGGUUACUUCAAACCAGCAUUCGGUCAAAAAGGGAAAACACAGCCCCUGAGUUAAAGGUGUAAUGUGGGACUUUAAGAAGAAUCUCUUGACAGAAAUGCAAUAUAAUAUACAUAACUAUAUUACCAGUGGUGUAUAAAGACCGUACAUAAUGAACUGUAUUGUUUUUAUUACAUUAGAAAGGGCCGCUUUUAUCUACAUACACCUGGGGUCCCAUUACAUGAAAGUCACCUAUUUGUGCCACCAUGUUUCUACAGUAACCCCAAACAGACAAACUGUUCUAUAGAGCGUUUUUGUCACUACAUUGUCUCAGAUGAUUAUAUGUUUGUGAUAUGGCAACUAUUGUAGCUUCUCUAAAGGGAACAGUUCACAAUCUUACCACAAGAUGCCGCUAAAAUCUACACCAGGGCUAUUCAAAUCUUACCCUUGAGGGCCGAGCACUGCAUAGUUUAGGCAUAGUCCACACGGACACGGGUAUUUUUAAAAUCGUGACUUUUUUACACUGUUAGGCCAUUCGUCCACACAAAAACACAGUAUCAGGACACUGAAACCGAACAUUUUUGAAAACCCCUGCCAGGGUGAGGAUUUUAAGAAACGGCGGUUGCAUUGUUCUCGUGUAGACCGUAAAACCGGGGUUUUUGCCUUAUGAGGUCACUUUUUUUAGGCUUCUGAUUGGCCAAGAUGACUUUACGGGAUUUGGGUUAUAUCGCCGCCAGCUGGUGUGGCAUGCUCUUUACUGUGCUUGAUAGCGUGUUUUUGUUUUUUCAUGAGGACUAAGAUUUUUUUAAACCGAGCAUGUGUGGACGGGACUUUUUUAUAAGGAAAAACUCUGGUUAUAAAAAAAAUACUCGUCUGUGUGGACUAGGCCUUAGCACGAACCCUAUUCAAACAUACACACCUGUGGUUGUCUAGUGAUCAUGAAGACCUUGAUUAGAUUGCUCAGGUGUGUUUAGUUGGAGCUAAACUGUGCAGUGCUCUGCCCUCCAGGCUAAGAUUUGAAUAGCCCUGAUCUACACAGUGUACCUUUAAAUUAACCAACAAAGAAAAAGUUUAUUUUCUUCCAAACUAUGGGUUAAAAAACUCCAGCAUAGAUUAAACUACAACUUAGUUGGUUGGCUUCGUCCCUUUUUGACCCAACACCUUUUAGUUUUAUAAUGGCAUUGGAUAGUGCCCCAUUUUUAAAGCUCCAAAAAGCUCAUACAUCAAAAACUAAUCCAUACAGUUUUAAAUGUCUUCUGAGCUAAAGUGAUGGGUUUUUCAUUUUAGGGUAAAUUAUUUCUUUAAGAUAUUUUCCUUAGGGCAAAUCUCUUCAAACAUUUUCAGAUUUUGACUUGGAAACUUGGUGAAGUGUCAUUCUGACUGAUCUUGAGUCUAACUCUUGAUCUGCUUGGCACAUUUAAGAAUGGAAUUAAGCUAAAAGCUAAGGCUUUAUGAUGAUCAAUGUUGUCUCAGAUGUUUCUCUUUAAAUUCUGUUUGAAAAACAACUACAAAUGAGAUAAUGAGACAAAUUGUUAACAAUGGUUGAGAGUAAGAAUAUAGUGCUGGAAUGAAGGUGAAAAGCAUAGAUCAAAUAAUAUAAUGAGAAAUUGUGAUCUCAGAUGUUUGAUUACGGACUUGCCAAAUGUGAGAUGGUUUAAGACAAUGUUGCGAUCUUUUCUGAAACUUUAAUGGAAAAAUACAUUUUGGUCUGUUUAUCAAGAGACCUAAGCAUUUUUCAUUUAAGGAUCUGUUUGUUUUCUAUACAAACUCAUUGCUGUUUACCAUCCGAGAUAUUAAGAUCUAAUAAGUGAUCUUUGUUUCUUAUGGGUCGCCUCACUCAGGCACAUCAGAAAUGAUAUCUCUCCUGGCAGCGCCUGAAGUGAACAGGUGCAUGAGUGUCAGGACCUAUUUGUGGGAGCAAAGUAAACAAGGAUUAUUGAAGACUGGAUUAUUGAAAUGUGCUCUGACUGGGUAUGUGGUGUUUAUAUCCCACUAGCCAUAUAUUAAACAGAUAAUAUAAAAUAUGUUUAACUUAGUUUUUAAAGACUUACAGAGUGGUCAAAUCAGCAAGUGCUAUGUAAGGAAUGAUGAUUGAGAGAGUCCUGAAGACAGACAUGCAGGAUACCUGAGUGCUGAAACAGAUCUGUCACAUGACAACAGAUGUUAAAGUACAGAGCUUGCACUGUCCAGGGUUAUCAGAAGGUUAAUUAACCAAAUGGAAUUGGUGAGGAUGCUUUCUGCCACUUCUUUAUAUGAAGGCAGUGAGACAGAUGAUUUCUGGGAUGGAUUAUUGUUCGUGAAUGUGUUCCCAAAGCCCUCGGAAAUAUAUGGGAAGUCUUAACCAAAUAAUUCUGGGACUUUGUAAUGGAUGGGAUUGGGAACAAUGGAUGGGGAGUUUAAGAAAAACUGUAUAUUUGAUAUACAGAGACAAAUGAUGGCUGUAGUAUUGGCAGGUGAAAAAAAACUUUAGAUUUUAGUUUAAUAGUUGAAUAAGAAGUUAUCAUAAGCAGAGUAGAUAUGAUUUUCAAAUCGUGAGCCAUAGUUUUGUUUUUCUUUUCUGUAGGUUUUAUUUAAAGCUUUACAUUGUUCAGUGCUCCUAUUUUUAGCUGUUGUAAAAAUCAUUAGAUCAAAUUGUCCGUCUUGCUUUAAAAUGUCUGUAAAUGAUGAUUUUGUUCUGUGCAAUACUUGUAAUGUAAGUAGUUAACCCUUAGGAUGUAAAUCUAAUACUGAAUUGGCAAGUUUGAAUAAAGUGUCCCUGUUAUUUCACAAAA